AUGCCUCGAUACCCGCCCCAAGUCUCGCCUCAAUACGUUCCACAGUAUCCGCCACAUAGCCCGCCUGUUGCUUCAAACAGCCCCUCUUCGGCCUCCCUGGACUCUGGACCAUCGCCAAGGGAACCUCCGUCUGCCCUGUCGGAGAAGUUCAGUCGGUUGCCGUCCUUCUCUACUCCGUCUCCUAAUCUGAGGUACGAACUCAAUAUGCGACAACAACCUGUAGCCGCCAGAGCAUGCGGCUUCGGAGAGCGUGAUCGCCGAGUCGUUGACCCGCCACCAAUUCUUGAACUGAAAGUCAUCGAUGCCGAAACCGGAAAAGUUGACAGCGAAAAUACCCCUUACGUAUACACAACAUUGCAUUGUACUCUAAUCAACGCCAUGACCUACAAAGACGAGUCGCAAAUCGAGCCAGCGCAUCCAAACGCACCAGCCACCCAACGCCUUAUGGGAACUGCUGUGGCAUCUCCAUUCUCUGGCACAGACGAAAGUGGAAGGAGAGGCACUUUCUUUGUUUUUCCCGAUCUCUCUUGUCGCAACCCAGGAAGAUAUCGGUUCCAAUUUAGACUGUUGAUCGUUGAUCCGCUGAAUCUUUCGGUUGGAACCACUUCCCGCAUACAGAGCUCGAUCAUCUCAGAACCUUUUGAGGUAUAUACUGCAAAAGAAUUUCCAGGAAUGCGGGCCAGCAGUGCUUUGCUCAAAGCUCUGAGGAAGCAAGGUUUGAACGUGGCUGUCAAAAAAGGCCGUGAGGCUACGAAGAAGGCAACCAGAAGAUCUGGCCAUGUCGAUGAAGACGAGAGCAGCGCUGAGGAAGGAGAAAACGUCGCGGAUGAGGAUGAUCAGGACAGCGACGACGCACGCUCGCAAGCGGCCACCGGUAGCAGAGACCGAAGAAAAAGAAAAAGGAGAGAGUGA